UUCAGGAGUACCGUCAUACGCAUGGUUUAUAGGGUGAACAAAUAGGGGCUUGUGCAGUUCAAGGCGUGUCUCGCAAUUCUCCAGUGUGCUCGCUGUUUGACGUUGAUUUUCAAAGAAGACAAAAUCAGAUUAGAUCAGAUGAGACUAGACGUGCUUAGUCUGAGCCGCAUUUUUCACACAAAUUAAGAACCGAAAGACCGAGGCCGUAAAGGUAGUUCUUAAAAAGGGCAGGGGACGGCUGCGUGGACACCCGGGGAAGAGAAGAAGAAGAAAAAGGGGGGAAAGGAGGAAAAAGGGGGACAUAUUGGGAUAUCUUUCCCCCCGCAGUAGUACUGACGUGGAGAGGAGUCACAUGGUGCCCAUCUGGCUGAAUGGGUUAAAGAAGAGCCGCGUAAGGAGGAGGAAAACGGGAAUGUGUGCUUGCUGAUCAUCUGGAGGCCGAAAUAUCGGCAGAUAGGAACUUUUCUUAGGUGAGAGUAGACGUUUUAAAGUUUUGCCGUGAGCUGCUAGGAUCUACCCAUGCUGCUGCUCCCGAAGCACUAUAAUAAACGGCAGCUUUAUUGGAAAGUUUGUGAUAAGGGUGCUGAGUAGCCCUCCCCGCACUCCUGCGCCAUGAGCUGGACCUUCCUGACACGCCUGCUGGAUGAGAUCUCCAAGCAUUCUACCUUCGUAGGCAAGAUCUGGCUGACGGUGCUAAUCAUUUUCCGCAUUGUGCUGACGGUGGUAGGGGGCGAGUCCAUCUACCACGAUGAGCAGAGCAAGUUUAGCUGCAACACUGCGCAGCCAGGCUGCGAGAAUGUCUGCUACGAUGCCUUUGCGCCUCUGUCGCACGUGCGCUUCUGGACCUUCCAGGUGAUCCUCAUCACCGCCCCCAGCAUCAUGUACCUGGGAUUCGCCAUGCACAAGAUCGCCCGCAUGGACGAUGACGACUACCGACCACGGCAUCGGCGCAGGGCAGCCCUGAUCCACCGGGAUGCCACCGAGGACAAUGGUGAGGAGGACCCCAUGAUUACUGUGGAGAAGGAGCAGGAGAAGAAGGCGGAGAAGGGUAGGGUGCCUGAGAAGCGGCAUGAUGGGCGGCGGAGGAUCAAGCAGGACGGGCUUAUGAAGGUCUAUGUGCUGCAGCUGCUGUCCCGCGUCACCUUUGAGGUAGGCUUCCUGGUAGGCCAGUAUGUACUGUACGGCUUCGAGGUGCCUGCCUCCUACAUGUGCAGCCGCGGGCCUUGCCCCCACACCGUGGACUGCUUCAUCUCCAGGCCCACAGAGAAGACCAUCUUUCUGCUGGUCAUGUAUGGCGUCAGCCUGCUCUGCCUGCUGCUAACUGUUCUGGAGAUCCUGCACCUGCUCGUGAGCAGUGUCUGUGACUGCUUACAGCACAAGCGCCCCAUAGUGGCUACCCACCGGUCCACACCGUGCUUUCGGGCUGCCUCUGCACCACCAGAGUACCUGAUGGCCCUGAAGAAGGGCUGUAUCCGGAAACCACACAGUCUUCAGGACUCGGGUCAUGAGUCUCUGAGCUAUGAGACGCCGUCCCGUGAGCUGGAGCGCCUGCGCCGCCACCUGAAGCUAGCCCAGCAGCACCUGGACCUGGCCUACCAGCACCAAGAGGCGAGUCCAUCUCGCAGCAGUAGCCCUGAGUCCAACGGCACCGCUGCUGAGCAGAACCGCCUCAACUUUGCGCAGGAGAAGAGGCGGGGGCCCUGUGACAAAGGUGGGUCUGCAAGUAGCUGUGUCAGGAGGUGACGGUGAUGAGAAUGCCUGCAGCCGUUUUGUCACAGAUCGCCUUGCUUCUUCCCCCAGGUAUCAGAGCAUAGACAUCCUGUCACCUGGCCCAACCAGAGUCUGUUCUGUCACCUGCCUUACUGGGGAAGCUGUCCUGGGAUGAGCUACUGGAAGUGUUUGUCAGUGUGUCUGUGGUGCCCUGUCCUGCCCUGCCCUGCAGAGAACAAGAAAGGCUCAUGAGCUUAAUGGUCAACAUCUAAAUGCCUAUUGAGAGCCUGCCCCCUAGUGGUCUUCUACCUGCACAGUGUGCACAGGCUAUAUUCUGCUCAACGGUGUGGUUCAUGUUCUAAGAAUAAAAGGGCAAACAUCAGCACCUGUCACACAUACUGUGAAGCAUGUCUUUUGGUAUCUUCUAUGGUGGGACCAGAGGGACAGACAUGGCACUUUUCCGUUAGAGUAAUGGUUUCCAUGGGAAUUCACCUGGUAUAACUGUGAGAUGAGGUCUUCACAGAAAGGAACCUGGGGGUUUGAGCAGAAACAAGGGUGGUCAGUCUGGUCAUUUCUGCAAGAAUUGGACAGCAGUCACUCGCAAAUGGGAAGUGGUGUGACCACUGUGUCCCUGGAAGAAGCUUGAAUGUUGCUCAGCACUGCCCCCUUGUGGGUGCCUGUGACUUCUUUGAUACGUUUUUAUUUUCUCGUUUUUCUUUGUGCUAGAAAGUUUGUGGGACUCUGGAUCAGAAAUUAGAAUCUUUUUCAUAAUCUGACCCUUUCGUUAGAGACUCAAGGAGCCAGUUUUGUUCAUGUUCACUGCUGGCUGAUCUGGUCCAGCCACUAUGGAUGAAAGGGCUUCUAUGCAAAUUCCUGAACACUGACUACUGAGUUACAGACUAAGUAUUGUAAUGUCUGCCUGUCCUCAUAUGUAUAUCGCUGUGCUCUAUAUGUCCCUGUUUACUCUCUGUCUUCAGUUUUUGGCACUGAACAGUGGUGGUUAUUUGGAGAAGGCAGCAGCUUGUCAGAACUCUUUAAGAAAUCUUUAAGACCCAGAAAGAGCCCCCUGCAGGACGACAUAGGCAUUCCUUGCGUUUGACAUUUCAUGCUAUGCCUUUCAAAACAGUAUUUUGGACUUGUAACAUUUCAUGGCCAAAUGGGAAAGUCUUGUAUGCAUUUUGUACCAGUGAUAUUUGUUUACUAGUGUUUCUUAUGGAAAAUAAAGUUUUGUUUUUUUUCCCAAA